AAAAAGAAGUAAAACUUACUUUUUAAAAAUGUGUUAGAAGCCGCUUAGUUCACUAUUAAGGCCAAAAGGAACAGCGAUCAUUUAAAGACCUGGUCCUUUCAGAUUUAGCCUCAUUAAUGAGCCUACCACUAACAACACAGAAGGCUCUUUCACAGCACCAGCUUUCCUUUGACUUGUUGGAAUAAAACGUGCACUGUCUCUUUAAGAGACCCGGAAACGAUCCCCAUAGUGUUCCUGUUCGGGAGUUGAAGGACAGCUGUGUGGGGCGCUCGCUGCGAUGAAACCCAACCCUGUUACUUGGGCUGUCCGAAGCAGUGUGAGGUUCUGGCGACACCGAGCUGUGUUUAAAGGGCUUCCAGAGGCCUCAAGCGUAAACGUCGGCCGCUGGUUCUCUGCCUCAACCGGAAGGGGAGUCUCGGUUAUGGAGGACAUACUGGCUAGGGUCGUUGUACCUUUACCUUCAUAUGAAACAAGAGACAAAUCCCCGCCUCCGCCCGAAUCAACUAGCUUGGAGUUCAUGAAUUUCUACAGAGGUCUCGAAAAGGAAAGCAAAGUCGAUUUUCUGUCCAAACUCUCCCAGGAGUGCGGGGUGGAUCAUAAAACCGUGUCAGAACUCGCUGGAAAGCUGUUGGACACUCUGCGACGGGACCAGGCGACCAUGUUGCAGGCUGAGGACAGACUCCGGUACAGCUUGACGCCCCGGUAUAAGCAGCUGUUCAUCCAUGUAAGCCGGGUCGAAGGCGGAGUGAAGUUUCUGGUGGAUCUCCGAGCUGAUCUGCUGGAAAUACUCACAUCGAAAGCAAGCGACAGUCCACACAUCAGGGACCUGAACAGUGCUCUGAAGAGCCUGCUGUCGGAGUGGUUUUCUGUUGGUCUACUCCGACUUGAGAGGAUCACCUGGCAGUCCCCCUGUGAGGUCCUGCAGAAGAUCAGCCAGUGUGAAGCGGUGCACCCUAUAAGGAACUGGACGGAUCUGAAGCACAGAGUGGGACCAUACAGACGCUGUUACGCCUUCACCCAUGCUGCCAUGCCAGGAGAGCCUUUGGUUGUGCUUCAUGUGGCCCUAACUGAGGACAUCUCAGAUAACAUCCAGAGUAUUGUUCGUGAAUUUACGACACUUGAUGCAGAGGAGGACAUAAACAAGAUCAAUUCAGCCAUCUUCUACUCCAUCUCCUCAACCCAGGCUGGCCUGCAGGGUGUGGAGCUGGGCAACUACCUUAUCAAGAGGGUGGUCCGAGAGCUGCAGAGCGAGUUCCCUCAUAUGGCCCAGUUUUCCAGUCUUUCACCCAUCCCAGGGUUCUCAUCCUGGCUCCAAGGCCUGCUGAGCCAGCACAGGAAGGAGGGCCGGGGAGCGGAUCUUUUGUCUGAGCAGGAGUGGAGAGAGGUGGAGCAGGCCAUCGACUCUAACCCAGGAACCCCAGCCGCUGACUCUUUGCGUAAGCUCAUCGCCACUGGUGAGUGGACACGCUCAGACAAGCUGUGUCAUGCCCUGGAGCCCGUUCUGAUGCGCCUCUGUGCCUGGUACCUCUAUGGAGAGAAACGGCGAGGACUUGCUCUGAAUCCUGUUGCCAACUUCCACCUUCAAAACGGCGCCACCAUGUGGCGGAUCAACUGGCGUGCCGACACCAGCCCCAGGGGCGUGGCAAACUCCUGUGGAAUCAUGGUGAACUAUCGCUACUUCCUGAACGAGACAUCCACAAACAGAGCUCUGUACCUUCAGAACAAAGUCGUUGCAGCAUCGGAGCAGGUUCUCGGGCUCGUGUCCCAGUUUCAGAAGAACAGCAAACUGUGACUGUUCAACCCUCAAUAGAAUUAGUUUCUUCGGGUUAGUUUUCAGUUGUUUUUGAUGAUAAACUGACUGGUGUGUUAUUUAAUUAGAGCUCUCUUUGAUGAUUGUCAUGUUUUCCCUAAAAUCUAUAACCACACUGAAGCACUGAAUGGACUUCCUGACGUAGUGCAACAGAAAGUGGGCCAUUUUUUACAUGAUGUAACUCAGCCCAUCUUCUACUUGCCUCAUUAGAUUUCUAGCCAGAGCUGUUUGAUAUUGUGUAAGUGAUUCUCAGAGCAGACGGCAGAUAAUGAAGCAGAAGGCAUCUAUCAUUGCCAAAACAUGUUGGUGGAUAAUAGCAUGUAAUGGUGAGGCUGGAGCAGGGAGGGUGUGCACCUACUGGAAUAAAUGAUGUUUAUUUUAUGAUAUGGUCGGGCCGCUGCACUGUAAACACAUCAGAGAAGGAAAGGGAGACAAAUAGAUCUUUGUCUUAUUUUCGUUGGGUCUGGAUUCACCUGCAGUUUCACUGCCUUUCGCCUUAAAGCUCAUUACAGAAGGCAUGAAGUCACCCACUGGAAAUAUUGUUUCAUAAUAAAUAAAUAAACAUAUUUUCCUUUUCAUUAAAUUA